AUGUCCGGAAAAAAAGAGAAACCGCUUCACUCCCUGACGGCAGGAGCAAUAGCGGGAGCCGUCGAGGCACUUGUCACUUAUCCUGCCGAGUUUGCAAAGACAAGAUCUCAGUUCGGUGGCAAAAGGGAGAGCCCGAUAGCUGUCAUUCGUGACACGGUCCGCGCCAAGGGAAUCAUCGGGCUCUACUCAGGAUGUACGGCUUUGAUGGUCGGGAACGCGACGAAGGCCGGCGUGCGAUUCGUUAGCUACGACCACUUCAAGAGCAUGUUAGCGGAUGCCGAGGGCAAAGUGAGCGCGCCUCGAAGUUUAGUCGCUGGUUUGGGUGCGGGGAUGAUGGAGGCUAUCUUUGCCGUGACACCGUCGGAGACGAUCAAAACGAAGCUGAUCGACGACGCAAAAAGCCCGAACCCCCGAUAUCGUGGAUUGAUACACGGAACAACCGAGAUCGUACGGCAAGAGGGCAUACGAGGGAUCUAUCGAGGAUUAUUCCCGGUGAUGAUGCGGCAAGGCGCCAACUCUGCCGUACGGUUCACGACCUAUACGACCUUGAAGCAGAUGGUGCAAGGACAGACGCGGGCAGGGCAACAAUUACCCAGUGGUGUAACGUUCGGUAUCGGUGCCAUCGCUGGCCUCGUCACCGUCUACACCACCAUGCCACUCGAUGUGAUCAAAACUCGGAUGCAAGCUUUGGACGCUCGAACGCAGUAUCGGAACUCGUUCCACUGCGGAUAUCGGAUAUUCACAGAGGAGGGGAUCCUUCGGUUCUGGACUGGAACUACGCCUCGGCUCGCGCGGCUUGUGAUGAGUGGAGGUAUAGUGUUUACUGUAUACGAGAAGAUCAUAGCUGCUAUUGGUGGACGGCAACCUUGAUCCAAUGUGCAUGCUGUCAAGCUUAGCACAGAACCAAUACAUGGCCAUGCCUCCC